CAUGACGAGAGCUGUCAUUACUCAUAUCGACUGAUGUCAUCUCGUCUUCUUCGCUUAUAAAAGAGGAGCUGGAAUCAGAAAUCAUCACAACUUCAUUCACCGCAGUGGACGACAUUCAAGCCAGAAUACAACCUUAGAGCAAAGAAGAGAAACUACAACUGCAUCACCAUGAUUGCAAAGAUCUGUGUCAUCCUCCUUCUGUUUGUUGCCUCUGGCAACGGACAGACCACGACCACGGUUGCACCGACCACGGCUGCACCGACAACCACGACCACGGCUGCAGCAACAACCACCACCACGCUUGCACCUACAACCACCACCACGCCUGCACCUACAACCACUACCACAGCUGCACCUACAACCACCACCACGCUUGCACCUACAACCACCACUACGGCUGCAGCAGCAACCACCACCACGCUUGCACCUACAACCACCACCACGCCUGCACCUACAACCACUACCACAGCUGCACCUACAACCACGGCUGCACCGACAACCACUACCACAGCUGCACCGACAACCACGACCACAGCUGCACCUACAACCACGACCACUGCAGCACCGACAACCACGACAGUGCCAGCCACGACCUCCUCCGCCCUCAUCAACAAAAUCAGUGUCUUUUCAUUCGUUUUGGCGGUGAUGACACAUGCACUUCGCUCAUGUUGUUGAAGGUGUUAAGUGCAGCUCUCAUCCUGUAAAUUAAGUGAUAAAAUCUGAGGAUAUGUAUGAAGAUUUUAGAUACUGUAAUUAAGCUAAUAUGCUAAUUUAUUUUGUUGUUUUUGUGUGGAUGUAUGUUGGUGUGUGUUUGGACUGUUGGUCAGAGAUCACACUUGCCCUCCCGGAGGUGUCUAUAAUUAAUCCAGACGUCUGUGAUGGGAGGACUCUGUAACUCUGACUCAGGUCACUAAGUGAAUCUGAGUGGAUGUUAACAUUUUGCUUGUAAACACAUCAUUUAAAAAAAAAAAGAUGAUUAUCAAUAAAGGCUUUGCAAAGUUA